AUGACGUUUGAACACCUCAGGGAUGCAGCUAUCGCCAACACAGCCGUUACCACCCACCUCCACGAUCUCGUUAGCACCAUCCUCCAGAGGCCACUUCUAAAGGAAACCUGCUCGCUACUUACAGCCUCUCGCCUCAUCGCCCUCGCCAAGCCAGAAGGAGGCACUCGCCCCAUAGCAGUAGGAGACAUUACGGGGGUCCGCCAGGGCGAUCCACUCGGGCCCUUGCUCUUCGCCGCGGGUAUCCACCCGUCCCUCGCCGCGACCGCAGCCGCCUUCCCGACCGUACUCUGCCUCGCAUUCGCUGACAAAGUCACGUUCCUGGGGAAAGUGGCGGAGUGUACAGCGGAGUUCAAUCACUUCACGUGCAGUCUCCGUAGCAUGGGGCUCAAGCACAACGCGGGGAAAUGUGCAGCGUGGAGCGCAGUCCGACCACCAGAGGUGGCCUUGCCAGCUGGGGUCCCAUUCUGCCCCAACGGGCUGCGUGUUCGGGGCAGUUUCAUCGGUGCGCCAAAUGGAGCAGCCGCCUUUAUUCGGACACAGCUGCAAGCCAUGACUACCCCACUCCCGCAGAUAGCCGACCUGGAUCCGCAGACAACGUCACUGCUGCUUACGAGGUGCGUCUCGAGGCGGAUGUUAUACCUCGCGCGCACAACCCCACUCAACCUUCUGCCCAAGGAAGAAUGGUCACGGUGGGGCCAGGCGCUGCUCCACACACUGCUCGACACCUGCGGCGUGCGCCACCCGAGGGGGGAAGCGGAGGGACGACGCGUGUGGGACCAGGCUUCCCUCCCCCCAGGCCUGGGAGGCCUGGGGCUGGCGGACCCAGUGGUUGAAGGGCGCUACAGCUACCUGGCAAGCUUCGUCCAGGCGCAUGGACUCCUUGCCUCCCUGCCCGGCCCCACCGGGGCUCACCUCUCCACCGCCCUGAACUGGACAGAGGAGGUGGACCCGGACCCAAACCAACUGCAAGCCUAG